UUUUCAUUUUGGCAACAUGCACGGUGAUUUUUGACAUAUUGGACAUCGGAGGUGUACACAUUGUGUGCACGCUACUUGCAGUUUCUUGUCUUGUUUGGAUCUUAAAUUGAUCUCAGUAAAACUCACAGGGAAGCUAAUUGAGCUAGGAUGUUUCUGGAUUAUUACUUAUCUGUACUUAAAUACAGACUGGGUUGGCACAGAACCAAAAUUAUUAGGUCAUUUGAUUAUUUUGAAGAUGCCGUGUGAUAAAUACACAGUUUUGUAGUCCGUAGUGUUUCAAAGCAUGUUCUUAUGUCACAGUUCUAUAGCGUUUUGCUUUUUCUUAGGGCAUGAAUACACCAUUCGUCUGCAGUGCGUUUUAGUGUCUUUUUCAACCCCCCCCUGAUUUUAUAGACUAAUAUCAUGCAUUGAUUUGAUCACUCAGUCGUCGUCUAGCAUGCUCUUAUGCCAGUUAACAUUGGACAUAGAGAUAGCCUGUGUCUGGGAUGGAUGUUGUACUUGCAUCUCCCCAUAAGUCGUCUAUGAAAGCUUAUAGCUUCAUCAACAAAUUUACUAUCUUUUAUAUCUUUCACAAUAUGCAUUAAUGAUUUGGGUAUUUUAUUAUCAACAGUCUCAACAGCGUCGACACAUGUUUUACCCUUCAUGUAUGAAUAUCUAGCUGAUAACUUCGGAAUGAUUAGAUGCUCGAAAAUUAGUUUCUAUUGACUGCCAAUAUGAAUAACAAAAUGGGUUUGAACCGUUGGCUAAUAGGAGGUGUACAUAAUAUGUCACAGUGGCGCAGCUGGAUUCAACUCUAUCUUCCUAUCGGUUAUUGCAAUUAUUCCUUUGUAAAAAACCUUCCCACUCUGUCUUUUCGAAUUAUAUUUCUGAUGUUUAGGCUUUCUCAUUAUCCUUGCUGGUGUAUUAUUUCGAUCUCUUGUUAUUCAUAUUGUUUGUGUGAUAUGGUUGCUUGGGCCAGUGUAAUUCUUGUUAGGCUGUAUGUUGAUGACCGAUUAAUAAUCAUUAAGCAAUUGAAUCGUUAAAGAAACAUCAUCCGGAUAUGAUAAUAAUAAAAAAAAAACAAAAUUAAUUCAUUCAGCAGGUACUUGAGUAUAAGCGACACUCCAAGUGUAAGGGCUAGCGAUACCAUCCUGUUUCCCAAACCGAAGUGGGUGAGGUGGAAUUCGAAGCUUAGGUUUAGUGCUUGAAAAUCGAGCUCUAUUAAAGUCUGUCGGGAAUAUCACUCAUAUAGUUAAUAGUUAGCUAAACUGCUGUGGGACUAGAUAGUUAGGUGUUCUACUGGAGUCAGGUAACCGGAGCUAAUGACAGUUGAACUAGUAAAUGACUGCGGUGUAGUUGCUCAUUGUUAACGAAUCACAAAAAAAUUCCUGUCGUGGUUCUUUUUAACGAUAUUCUGGCUCUUGUAAAUAACUUGAGGUGAGAGAAAACUACUGGCCAUUCCUUUAGGAAUGGCAGUGUGAAACUGGAUAUUGUAAUUUGAGGUCUGAACGUAAUUCCAUUGGACUGGUGUUUCGAUCUCUGAUCAUCUCGGUUUCUGCGAGGAAAUCCCCUUGUGGCAAGUGUAGAGGAUUCAACUUGACUAACAAGGUCUCAAGGUUUCCAUGAUAAGUUAAUGCUUAAUCGAUGCUCGGUUAAAGCAAAUAGUAGAAAAGCACAUUUCGAAUUUAAUUAUAAUCUUACUAAUCAAAAUCGUUGCUAUUCCCCUCAUCCUUCAUUCCUGAUAUGAUUGGAUAAAAAUAAAACAUCUUAGUAACCUAUGUCGGCUGUUUACUGCACGUCAACUGGUCGUGGUUUCGUUAAGUUUUUUUCACUUGUCUGAAAUAAAUAUGGCGACCUAAAACUGUUACGUAAUUUGACUUGAUAUUCGACUCGUUUUUUGUUGCUUUUUACUAAUCAUUCUUGUUAUAACUUGUGGCCUGAGUGCCCUGUUAAUGUAUAACGUGAUGAUACCGUCAAUUAGAGAGCAGUGAAUUGUCGGUCGGACCAGUGACACAUAAAACUCGUACGAGCAGUCUAGAGUCCUUAUUGGUCCUGCUUUCCGCCUGGCCCAUCCAGUUAAGUUCAGAACACCAGUCUCAGCCUUUGCAAUAUGAAUCAUUUAUUUCAAACGUACGGGGUAUAUAUACCAACCAAACAUGUCAUGUCGCACCAUAAAAUAGGAAAGAACAUUUGUACAAGAUUUAACCAAAUGUGGCUGUAAGGGCGAUAGUAAUUGGUAGACACGGCAUAAUUCAAGAAUGGUAAAUCGUAUAAUAACAGUUCAUAGGUUAAAAUAAAGCUCAUAAAGGGACAUGAAUAUGAAUAGUCUAGUUAUUUAACAAUUGUACUAUAAAAAUAUGCGCAUAUUAUUGGUCCAUAAAUGGAUCCCAAAAGUUACCAUUCAUUAUUCUUAUCGGGAUAUAAUAAUUCUUCCUAACUAACAUGGACUUCAAUUUCAUAAAAUGUACUUAUCUACAUUUUAUUAUUUUCAGCUCCCAACUUGGAUGGCAGAUAGACUUACUGAGUUACAAGACGCAAUUAAUUUACAAGCUGAAAAUUUGUGCAACGCAAUCGGUGUAAUACAACAAGUCGCUCAGCCCAGUUUCUUUUCUGACUUUAAUUGGGCUUCUAGGUCUGCUAAACCAGAAUACCAGGCAUUUAUCCAAGCUCAACCAACUGACGAUAUUGCUCGGAGUUUUGCUGUUGCAAUUUCCGCUACUGCAAAGCAACUGGAUGCAUUGAUUGGAGCUCUGCCUGAAGAAGAAGCCAGCGCAGAUAUUCAACGUGCUACUGUUCACAAACUUUUAGAAGCUUAUAGAUCUGAAGGAGCGAAACUUGCGCGUAUCACAACUAAACUUGAGUCAAGGUUGGCUGAUGUACGUCGCUGCUUAACAGCUAUUGCUCAAACACAACUCACUACCCAAUCACUAGAAUCAGAGAUUACAUGCUCUUGUUAAUUUUAUUUUGGCAAUAUCCACACCAUCCGGUCGUAAACGUCGAGCACUUCGUGCUAAGUGUGUUGAAGAUCUAGGAAAUUUACGAACUCAAUUGAAAAGUGUACAUAUGGUGGAUGAGUUUGCUACUUAUUCGAAACUAGAACGAAAGAUAAAACUAUUGGAACGUCAGUUGAACUCCUUGGCCCCUGAAACUCUUGUUGGAUCAGUAAGUUUUUUGUUUCAAUAAUUAACUGAAGUUUGCUUACUAUUCGUACAGUCAUUAUAAGGCAAAUACAAUUCAAUACAGUAGGUUAAUGAGAAAUCGCUAAAUCUCAAAUGCGAUUAGCCAAGAAAUGGCUUUCUUUUUCAAGGGAUGAGAAAAUCCACUGAUAGGCUUCAUUUGCUAAGGGAUAAGCACAUAUAUAAAUAAAUAAGUUCACAUACAAUCGAUUAUCCUUAGCGAAAUACAUUUUCUUCACUCUCAGUAUUUUCUCUCGAGCAACCAGGUUCAUGUGUUUAGAAGUAUAUCUCAACUCUCGAACAUUGCGCAUCACAACAUAAUUCACUGGGUAUGCACUACGGUUUUUUUUAGAUACUGUUUUCGUGACUGUUAUGAGUACUUUAACAUUGUUUGGUGCUUUUAUAUGUAGAGAAUAUCUGGAAAUGUCACGUUCAAUAGACCCCAGAAUUGCAUAUUAUGAGAUAUUGUUAAGAAGUGAUAGUGUUAAAUCAACUUAUUUGACUGAACCAAUUUCGAUUCACUGUUUAAAUUUUGGUAUAUCUACAGGGUUCACAAUUUAUUGAAUGUUACAGUGGUUACCAAAAUUAGGGUUUUCGUACACUUACGUUUCAGUCUAAAUUCCAUUGUCCCCCUUCACUUCUCACACACAUUUCUUGCCACUCUAUCAACAAUUUCAACUUUCUAUUGUAUUCUGACGUCAAACCUCUCGUUUUUGGCACUUUUGAUUUGAAAACCAUUCAAUAUUUUUAUUCUUCAGAAACUGUAACCAUCGAAACGUUUGAUGUUUAAGCAAUAGUUCGCGUGUCCGAACCCCGUCUCAUCUCAGGUUACAGUAAUAGGGUAUUAUCAUAAAAUCUACUAUCAAUAUGUCUCAGAUUAGCACAAACCUUUUCAUCUGGUUGGUGAACCUAAUUAUUCUUAUUGGUUCUUUUUUUCACAGACACAAAUAGUUGAAAUGAAACAUGAUUUAAUGUUUUCUUCGAACUGUAUUCCGUACCUCGUUGACAUUACUACAAUCACUUUUGGCAGUUACUGUGGAUUAGGUUAUAAAUUAAAGUACACAUUUUUCUGACUUUCAACUAUAGUCAUUUCUAUUGAUCUGAAAUGUAGAUUUGGCUCUGUUGAUUGACAUGUUUCAUGACGGCACCUUCCACUCAAAGGCUUUGACAGAAAUUACAUAAAUAUAUUGAAAGCUCUUUAUUCGAAUACACUUAGUCAAGUUUGUGCUACUUAUAGGGAAGUGUCUUUUAAAUCGAUUACAUCAUGUGACGUUCGUCAAAGCUGUCCACUUUCGCUAUUUUUACUCUACUCAACAUGAACACAUUUUUAGAGUUGACAAUUUUUUCAUCCAAAUUUUCACAUAUAGUUAGCUAAAAAUUUUCCCUUAUGCAAUCAUAACUAAUUUAGAAGAAAUUUAAAAGAUUGGAAUCAGCAAAACCAUGCUUACUAUAUCAGUUCAUUGACUGUCAUUGUUUCGCGUGGUUUGUAUGUUGGGUUGUUUACACUUCCUAUAACUGAUCUGCUUGAUUCUUAUCACUAACUUAUCUAGGUUUACUUCGUGUGAUUAGUUGACUUAAACAUGUUGGCAAUUACAUUUACCUUCAGGCUUAAGAAUAAAUAAGUCACACGGCAUGAAGUAGUAGUAUUAGAUAAGGUUUAUUUCAAGUAAACUUGUUCUCAAAUAAAGCGAGCAGGCAGAAUAAGGACGGAUAGAUCGAGCGUAUGUGAAAAUUAAAUGAAAUUGAUCAUCAUACACGUGUAUAAAAGAUACGGUAUCUAACGCGACCAGAUCGUCAGACAAAUGUAUAUAAACAUUCGUGUGUGUAUGUACACAGGUACGACGAGCUCAUGAUUACCUAUAAGAGUAAAUGUAAAAUAACCCAAUCGUGUUUUAAUUAUACAUUUAACUGCUCGAACAAAUAGUGUACAGGAUAACGGGAAAGACUAAAAUGAUUGUUCUGUUCAGAAAUUAGAAUAAGGUUUCAACACUUUUAUCGGAGUAAUAUAUUUGGAAUUCGAUUUGAAUAGAGCAGAUCCGCUUAUUUUUUGGUAAAGUAUGUGGUUGACCUUGAACUGCUUUCCAACCAACAAGAAAGGUUUGUUUAGUUCUAAAACAAGUGAUAAAAAUGUAGUAAAAUUACAACUGAAUAAUGGACCUUUCAUCAAUAACUGACAUCAGUCAUAAUGAAAGACUAUUUUGUAGAGGUUGACAAUUUUUUCAGCGUUCAAUAACAACAAUGCAAUAUCUAGCAUUCUUAACCAUUUUUCUAUAUAUUUAGUGAUUAAAUACUGUAUAUAACAGCAUGAUUUUCACUGGGAAUUUCAUUUUAAUCAUAUAAGGCUAUCUUUACAUGCCUUCUAUGAACAUACCACUGUAGCUCAUCACAACGUGCUGAAUGAAAAAGCAGAAUAAAAGUGAAAAUUAGAGCUUGGAAUGAAAUCCUCUGUGAAAAUCAUACUUUUUCUUGUAUGCCACAUUCACUCACUAAAUGAACAAAAAAAGCUAGGUAUCUCACACAUACUAAACAUUGAAGAACAAAUGUACUGCAGUUUCACGAACUUGUAUCCUAUCUUGUUUUUUUUUCAAAUUAUCAAGUUCAAAGGAUUAGUGUAGUAAAGAGUAUGCUUUAGGAAUGACUCAAUCAUAAUCGGGAAUCCGAUAUCUAGUUUUCUGGACGAAAUUAAAUAUCAUGUUUAGUGAUCAAGAGAGAUGCUUUUGUACGUUGUUCAAAAUAUUUAAAAUGAUUGCUAAAAAUUAUUUCUUGCAACUAUAGAUUGAAAGUAAUAGUUCUAAAUUUAUCAAAUGCGUAAAUCUAUCUCUUUAGAUUAUAUAUAACAGGCAAAUCGACGUUAUCACUGAAUUAUAAACUUAAAUCAUUAAUUUAGUUGUAGUUUUGUUCUCUGAGCUGGAUGGUUUAAUCAUGGAGCUUUCAUUGUUCUUUUGAACAAUAUCAUCAGCACAGACUUUAGCUAUGUGAUAUGUUCAAAUUUCUCUACAAAUGACUCACAUAAAAUCGAGGUUGACCUCGAAAACUUCGAACACUUCACUUCAACCUGGAGUUUGUGCUAACGGUGUUGUUCAGAAAAACAAUGAAAGCUUCAUGAUCAAAACAUCCUGCUCAGAGAACAAUAACACGUAAAUCAUCCACCUGUGCUGCAAAAUUUUCCCACCAUCUUAUACCAUUGGUCAUGAAGGAAACCUUAACCACAUGGGACUAUAUUUUAUGGACGAAGUAAUCAGAUAGCAUCUCAUAUUUUUGACAAAAUUAAUUCAUCCAUAUGGCUAUAGAGAAGCUUUACAAUACAACUAUUGUCAAUUCGUUAUGAAAUUGUAACCUAAACAUAUAAUCUCAAAUCUAAUCAAGAAUAGUCUGGGGACUUAAAAAUCUAUCUGGGUCAUUUUAAAGGUUCUAGAAUAUAGAUAAAUUGAUUCGUUGUUUUUGCUAUAUCUUUAGGCCGGGCUAGUUAUCACAUUAUUUACUCGCCAAUCAAAAUGCAACUUCUACAGUAUUAGUACUGUACCAAACCAAUGACGUUCGACCGGUAUAAACAGCCUAGCGUCCUUAUUAGUCCUUUGUUCUCCUAGCCCUUCCAGUUCAGUCCAGAAUGCCAAUAACAGCUUCCACUAUGUGGGUCAUUUAUUUGUAACAUACUUAGUUUAUGUAGCAGCCAAACAGACCACAUCACACCAUAAAAUAAGAAAUAGCAUUUGUACAAAAUUUAGCCAAAAAGUGGCUGUGAAUAUGGGAGAUUUUAAUUAAUAAACUGAGUAUAAUUUAAGAAUAGUAAAUCGUAUCAUAAUAGUCUGUAG